AUGGGAUGAGUAUGCUGAAGGAAUGGCCUACGUCUUAAGCAUUAAAAAUAUCAAAUGGAUUCCAGCAGAAGACAGGUUCUCGUUCUCAAAGGCUGCUCAGUUUGCAUACCGACAAAACUAUGCGAAGGAAGAGCUCUUGGAGAAAGGCAUUCGCUAUUCAACAGAGCGCUGGGAAAGCUUCAAGGACAUGACGGUGUCCUGGUUCACAAGGUCGCCCCUCUCAGAAACGGUGUCACGGCUGUGGAGGAACGAUGACUUUUUCGCCUACCAGUUUCUUAAUGGAGUCAACGUUUACAUGAUCCGACGCUGCUCCAAGCUGCCGUCCAACUUCCCGGUCACGGAGGACAUGGUGUCGCCGUUUUUGGACAAUGGAACCACUCUGACUAAAGAGAUGGAGAGGGGAAAUAUCUUCAUUGUGGACUACAAAAUCAUGGAGGGUUUGCCAACAGCCACAAUGGAUGGCAAACGUGUUCCUCUGACGGCUGCGCUGUGCCUGCUUUACAUGACUGCUAAGAAGAAGCUAAUGCCCAUUGCCAUUCAGCUCGGCCAGACGCCCUCAGAGGACAAUCCUAUUUUCCUUCCCAGUGAUUCUGAGGUGGACUGGCUGCUGGCGAGGCUGUACGUGAGACACGCAGACACCCUCAGCAGCCAGCUGGUCAGCCAUUUGCACAACACGCAUUUAAUAGCGGAGGUUUUCACCGUGGCGACCCUUCGCAACUUGCCGAUGAUUCACCCGCUGUACAAGCUGCUGAUACCCCACCAUCGCAGUACCCUUUACGCCAACACAAUAGCCCGUGCUAUUCUUUACGGUCCUGGGAGAGCUCUUGACAAUACUUCGCUUUCUGCAGAGGGACAAGUGCCGCUAAUGAGAAGGGCGCUGGCCCAGUUGACCUACGAUUCACUCUGCCCUCACAAAGACCUUGAAGCCAGAGGCCUGGAGGCUGUUCCUAACUUUUAUUACAGAGAUGACGCUCUCAGGCUGUGGAACAUCAUUCACAGCUUUGUCACGGCGGUGGUAUCAUAUUAUUACCCACUGGACAGCGAAGUGGUGGCAGAUUCUGAGCUCCAGGAAUGGGUGGAGGAGAUCUUCAACUAUGGAUUUCUGGGGAACGUUUCUUCAGGUUUCCCUUCAAGCUUUCAAACAGUGGAGGAGCUCAUCAAGUACGUCACCAUGGUGAUCUUCACCUCAUCGGCUCGACACGCUUCAGUCAACAUGGGCCAGAUGGACUAUCUAGCGUGGAUCCCUAAUGCUCCACUGUUGCUGCAUCGGGCACCACCAAGUGUAAAGGGAAAUGCCACCAUGGACGACUUGCUGCUGACGCUGCCCAACAAAUCCAUCGGAACCCUGUCCAUGUCUCUUGCAUGGUUCCUUGGCAAGAAGUAUGAUGACUUUGUUCCUCUAGGUCAGUAUCCUCAACAUUUUAGUGAGCCUGCCACUUUAAGGAUGAUUGAGGAUUUUCAAGCAGAGCUGUCCACACUCAGCGAGGCCAUCGUAAACAGGAACAAAGAACUUGAGCUGCCCUAUUUGUACUUGAACCCCAAGGAAGUAGAAAACAGUGUGACAAUAUAAAUAAAGUUACAAGUCUCCAUGGUUGUCACCUGUUUAAAAAAAAAAAA